AUGGCCCGCCUCUUCAGCCCCCGGCCGCCCCCCAGCGAAGACCUCUUCUACGAGACCUACUACAGCCUGAGCCAGCAGUACCCGCUGCUGCUACUGCUGCUGGUGAUCGUGCUCUGCGCGCUCCUGGCGCUGCUUGCCGUCGCCUGGGCCAGUGGCAGGGAGCUGGCCUCAGACGCGAGCUUCCUGACCACUGUGCUGUGCGCGCUGGGCGGCUUCUCUCUGCUGCUGGGCCUGGCUUCCCGCGAGCAGCGACUGCAGCGCUGGACGCGUCCCUUGUCUGGCCUUGUGUGGGCCGCACUGCUCGCCCUAGGCCACGGCUUCCUGUUCACCGCGGGCGUGGUGAGCGCCUGGGACCAGGUGAGAGGGGCGAAGCGCAGCGUAGGUCUUAAGCUUCCCGCGCCUCGCCCGCAGGUGUCCUUUUUCCUCUUCGUCAUCUUCACGGUAUAUGCCAUGCUGCCCUUGGGCAUGCGGGACGCCGCUAUCGCGGGGCUCGCCUCGUCGCUCUCGCACCUGCUGGUCCUCGGUCUGUACCUGGGGCCACAGCCGUAUUCACGGCCCGCGCUGCUGCCGCAGCUGGCAGCAAACGCGGUGGUGUUCCUGUGCGGGAACGUGGCUGGAGCGUACCACAAGGCGCUGAUGGAGCGCGCGCUGCGCGCCACGUUCCGAGAGGCGCUCAGCUCCCUGCACUCGCGCCGGCGGCUGGACACAGAGAAGAAGCACCAGGAACACCUUCUCCUGUCCAUCCUUCCUGCCUACCUGGCCCAAGAGAUGAAGGCAGAGAUCAUGGCACGGCUGCAGGCUGGACAGGGGUCACGGCCGGAGAGCACCAACAACUUCCACAGCCUCUAUGUCAAGAGGCACGAGGGAGUCAGCGUGCUGUAUGCUGACAUCGUGGGCUUCACACGGCUGGCCAGCGAGUGCUCCCCUAAGGAGCUGGUGCUCAUGCUCAACGAGCUUUUUGGCAAGUUCGACCAGAUUGCCAAGGAGCAUGAAUGCAUGCGGAUCAAGAUCCUGGGGGACUGUUACUACUGUGUCUCUGGACUGCCACUCUCACUGCCAGACCACGCCAUCAACUGUGUGCGCAUGGGGCUGGACAUGUGUCGGGCCAUCAGGAAACUGCGGGCAGCCACUGGCGUGGAUAUCAACAUGCGUGUGGGUGUGCACUCGGGCAAUGUGCUUUGCGGAGUCAUCGGGCUGCAAAAGUGGCAGUACGAUGUCUGGUCCCAUGAUGUCACACUGGCCAACCACAUGGAGGCGGGCGGUGUACCAGGACGAGUGCAUAUCACAGGGGCUACCUUGGACCUGCUGGCAGGGGCUUAUGCUGUGGAGGAUGCACCCAUGGAACACCGGGACCCAUACCUUCGGGAGCUAGGGGAGCCCACCUACCUGGUCAUCGAUCCCCGGGCCGAAGAGGAUGAGAAGGGCACUGCAGGAGGGUUGCUGUCCUCUCUUGAGGGCCCCAAGAUGCGUCCGUCACUGCUGAUGACCCGCUACCUGGAGUCCUGGGGUGCAGCCAAGCCUUUUGCCCACUUGAGCCACGUGGACAGCCCUGUGUCCACCUCCACCCCUCUCCCGGAGAAGGCCAUGGCUUCCUUCAGCCCCCAGUGGAGCCUGGACCGGAGCCGUACCCCCAGGGGACUAGAUGAUGAGCUGGACACUGGGGAUGCCAAGUUCUUCCAGGUCAUUGAGCAGCUCAACUCUCAGAAACAGUGGAGGCAGUCAAAGGACUUCAACCCACUGACACUGUACUUCAGACAGAAGGACUUGGAAAAAGAGUAUCGACUCUCUGCACUACCUGCCUUCAAAUACUAUACAGCUUGCACCUUCCUGGUUUUUCUUUCCAACUUCAUCAUCCAGAUGCUGGUGACAAACAGGCCCCCAGCUCUGGCCAUCACCUACAGCAUCACCUUCCUCCUCUUCCUCCUUCUCCUCUUUGUCUGCUUCUCAGAGCACCUGACGAGGUGUGUCCUGAAAGGCCCCAAGUUGCUGCACUGGCUGCCUGCUCUGUCUGGCCUGGUGGCCACACGACCCGGACUGCGAGUAGCCCUGAGCACCACCACCAUCCUCCUCGUCUUUGCCAUGGCCGUUACCAGCCUGUUCUUCUUUCCAGCAUCAUCGGACUGCCCUUUCCAGGCUCCCAAUGUAUCCUCCAUGGCUUUCAACCUCUCCUGGGAGCUCCCUGGAUCCCUGCCUCUCAUCAGUGUCCCAUACUCCAUGCACUGCUGUGUGCUGGGCUCCCUCUCCUGCUCCCUCUUUCUGCACAUGAGCUUCGAAUUGAAACUGCUGCUGCUCCUGCUGUGGCUGGCGGCCUCCUGCUCCCUCUUCCUGCACUCCCACGCCUGGCUGUCCGACUGCCUCAUCGCCCACCUCUAUCUGGGCACCUUGGACUCCAGGCCAGGAGUGCUGAAGGAGCCCAAACUGAUGGGAGCUGUCUCCUGCUUCGUCUUCUUCUUCACGCUCCUUGUCCUGGCUCGGCAAAAUGAGUAUUACUGCCGCCUGGACUUCCUGUGGAAGAAGAAGCUGAGGAAAGAGCGAGAGGAGACAGAGACGAUGGAGAACCUGACUCGGCUGCUCUUGGAGAACGUGCUCCCUGCGCAUGUGGCCCCCCAGUUCAUUGGCCAGAAUCGGCGCAAUGAGGACCUCUACCACCAGUCCUAUGAGUGUGUUUGUGUCCUCUUCGCCUCAGUCCCAGACUUCAAGGAGUUUUACUCUGAAUCUAACAUCAACCACGAGGGGCUGGAGUGCCUGCGGCUGCUCAAUGAAAUAAUUGCUGAUUUUGAUGAGCUGCUCUCCAAGCCCAAGUUCAGUGGGGUGGAGAAGAUCAAAACCAUCGGCAGCACCUACAUGGCAGCCACAGGCUUAAAUGCCACCUCUGGACAGGACGCACAACAGGUAGAGCAAACCCUCCUUACCUACAGACCUCCUCUGGGCUCUCAUUGCUGGGCCCAUAGUGGGACUCAUUGCUGUGCCCUCAUCGGCCCAUCCUGGUGGCAGGCCCAUUGCCAGGAUGCUGAGAGAAGCUGCAGCCACCUUGGCACCAUGGUGGAAUUUGCAGUGGCCCUGGGGUCUAAGCUGGAUGUCAUCAACAAGCACUCAUUCAACAACUUCCGCCUGCGUGUGGGGUUGAACCACGGACCAGUAGUGGCUGGAGUGAUUGGGGCCCAGAAGCCGCAAUAUGACAUUUGGGGCAACACAGUGAAUGUGGCCAGUCGCAUGGAGAGUACAGGAGUCCUUGGCAAGAUCCAAGUGACUGAGGAGACAGCCCGGGCCCUGCAGUCCCUGGGCUACACCUGCUACAUCCGGGGUGUUAUCAAGGUCAAAGGCAAAGGGCAGCUCUGCACCUACUUCCUGAACACAGACUUGAUACGAACUGGACCUCCCUCUGCCACCCUAGGCUGAGACCCCCAACCUCCUCUAAGAUCCUCAAUAAAGAGACCCUGGGAUGUCUGGAGCCAGUUGAUGUCAGAAGCUGCUGAUGUAGCUGGGGAUCACCUUCUCUUUUCCCUCAGCGGGAUGGCUUCUUCCCAGACCAAACUGAGUGUGUAUGAAACAGUGAGCCUGAGUGUGUUGUAAGGACGUGAUUCUUUUCACAAGCUCAGGAAGAGGACUGCCUCGGCCUCUCUGUCUGGCAGCCAAACUGAUUCCAGUAUUUUGUACACCUUGGAAGCAUAAAGAAUUUUAGCCAUGACUCAAAA